GGCGCUGAGCAGCGGCGGCGAGCGACGCGGGGCCCGGGGGCGGGGCGGGACGCCAGCCAUGGACAAUCAGUGCACAGUCCAGGUCAAGUUAGAGCUGGGACAUCGAGCCCAGCUGCGCAAGAAGCCCACUACAGAGGGGUUCACUCAUGACUGGAUGGUGUUUGUCCGUGGCCCCGAGCAAUGUGAGAUCCAGCACUUCGUGGAAAAGGUGGUCUUCUGGCUGCAUGACAGCUUCCCCAAACCCAGGCGCGUGUGCAAGGAGCCCCCCUACAAAGUGGAGGAGUCGGGUUACGCUGGGUUCAUCAUGCCCAUUGAGGUGCACUUCAGAAACAAGGAGGAGCCCAGGAAGGUUUGCUUCACCUACGACUUGUUCCUGAACCCAGAGGGCAACCCACCUGUCAAUCACCUGCGCUGUGAGAAGCUCACAUUCAACAACCCCACCACUGAGUUCCGGUACAAGCUCCUGAUGGCUGGCGGGGUGAUGGUAAUGCCCGAAGGAGCAGAAACGGUGUCCAGGCCCAGCCCCGACUACCCCAUGUUACCCACAAUUCCACUUUCUGCCUUCUCUGACCCCAAGAAGACCAAACCAUCCCACGGCUCCAAGGAUGCCAACAAGGAAAGCAGCAAGGCCUCCAAGCCACACAAGGUGGCCAAGGAGCACCGGGAGCGGCCCCGCAAGGACUCAGAGAGCAAGAGCUCCUCCAAGGAGCUGGAGCGUGAGCAGGCCAAGAGCUCCAAGGAUGCCUCCCGGAAGCUGGGCGAGGGCCGGCUGCCCAAGGAGGAGAAGGCCCCACCGCCCAAGGCUGCGUUCAAGGAGCCCAAGAUGGCCCUGAAGGAGGCCAAACUAGAGAGCAUGUCCCCUAAGGGGGCGCCCCAGCCCCCAGCCCUGCCCAAGGCCUCCAGCAAGCGGCCAGCCGCCGCGGACUCACCGAAGCCCAGUGCCAAAAAGCAGAAGAAGAGCAGCUCCAAGGGGUCUCGGAGUGCCCCCAGCACCUCGCCCCGUGCUACAUCUUCCUUCCCGGACAAAAAGCCCGCCAAGGACAAGAGCAGCACCAAAGGGGAGAGGGCGAAAGCAGAGAGCGAGCCCCGGGAGGCCAAGAAGGCCCUGGAGGCUGAGGAGUCCAACUCAGAAGAUGAGGCGUCUCUCAAGUCAGAGUCCGCCCAGUCAAGCCCAUCCAACUCCAGUUCCAGCUCGGACUCCAGCUCCGACUCAGACUUUGAGCCGUCUCAGAACCACAGCCAAGGCCCCCUGCGCUCCAUGGUGGAGGACCUGCAGUCCGAGGAGUCCGACGAGGAUGACUCUUCAUCAGGAGAAGAGGCCACCGUCAAGGCAAACCCAGGCCGGGAUUCCAGGCUGAGCUUCAGUGACAGUGAGAGUGACAAUAGUGCUGACUCCUGCCUGCCCAGCCGUGAACCCCCACCCCCACAGAAGCCACCCCCACCCAACAGCAAGGCAUCAGGCCGGAGGAGCCCUGAGCCCUGCAGCAAGCCUGAGAAGAUACUGAAGAAGGGUACCUACGACAAGGCCUACACAGAUGAGCUGGUGGAGCUGCACCGGAGGCUGAUGGCUCUGCGUGAGCGCAAUGUCCUGCAGCAGAUCGUGAACCUGAUUGAGGAGACAGGCCACUUCAAUGUCACCAAUACCACCUUUGACUUCGACCUCUUCUCCCUGGAUGAGACAACAGUGCGCAAGCUGCAGAGCUACCUGGAGGCUGUGGCCACAUGACCCUGGGCCGGAUUCCAGGCCCCCAUGCUGGGGUCCUGGGAGGCCCUGUCCAGGCCCCACCUGCCUUCCUCUCUCCACUCACCUACCCGCAGCACUGCCUUAGUGACCACCCUCGGCCCUCAUGGCCAGCUGCACUUUCUGGGGUGGCUUAUGACUGACCCCCCACCUGCCAGGAGCCCGAGCGAGGGGGGACCCUGGGGCAAGGGGGCCCAGGCUGGUGCUGCAACUCCCAGCUACACACACCAGUACCUGGGCUCCCCUCGAAAGGUGGUUUGUGUUGAAGGCAGUGCCGGGCCUCACUCCCAGAGGAGGAAGAGACUCACUCAGACCAAGUGUGGUUUGAGGACCCUUCGUCCAGCCUCGGGACCAGCCCUCUGAACAAAGGAUGGCCCCCACUCUAGGCUGCUCUGGGUGUCACCGUGUCACUGUCUGGGCCUCUCUGAGCACCCAGGGCAUCUCUGUCCUCCCCAAACUGUUCAGAAGACCCCCUCGGCACACAUGCCUGCCAGGGACCUUAGGAGGCUCUGUCUGCGGGUCUGAGGCCCAGCUGGCCACUGUCUCCAUGCGCACCUGGCGCGGUAUCCCAUGGGCCCCCGUGCCAGGCUUCCUUGCUGUACAGCUGUGUAUAUUAUUAUAUAUGUGCGCCCUGUGUCACAAACGGUUUCCCAUGUGCGUUUCUGUGGCAGGUGCACGUAGGGGGUGGGGGGUGCAGUGGGCUUGUAGGUUAAGGUGUCUCUGCAGGUCUUGUCUCCAGGCUGGCCCUCUACAGGGCAAGGGGAACCUCUCUGUGGAUCCAGGACACUGCCGCCUGCUGCCAGGGCCCUGGUGCCAGUGAACUGUGGGCUGCCAGUCCUCAGGGCCCCAGGGAGCCACCCACCAUGGCAUCUCCUCUGGUAGCACCAGCCGUCUGCGGGGACAGAUGCAGCAGUGUCUGGGAUCCUCCUCCUCCUGCAGAAUCCUCUUCCUCUCCUUUUGUUGAUCAAGUCUUCAAACUUUGAAAAAAUGAGCUUUUGCCAAAUAAGAUGGGAUAGUUUGUGUUCUCGGAGGCGGAUCUGAUGCAGAGUCGCCACCAUGACUUGCAGCCCAUGCCCAGCUGCCUUUUCUCUCUGGCCUUGGCCUCCACCUCCAUCACUGCGAUCCUCCUGGGCUCCCAGAGACUUAACUCCUCUACGCCUGAGACUCUCCAGGGGCCAAGCCAGUCCUCCUGCACCCUGGCCCACCAUCUUGGGCUCAAGCCCUUAUACAGUCAGCCUCCCUGAGUUCCCCAGACCCUGGCUCAAGGCUCCUCCAGCCCUUCAAGACUUUAGCAUUGUCUCAAGUGUUCACACCCUGACCAGGGUGUUUGAUAGAGGACUGGAACCUGAAGGGGGCCACUGUCCUCCCUGUCAGGUGUCUCUUCUUCCCGUGUAUGAGUUCAGUACACGAGGCCCCGCCUCCUGGCCUGCUCCAAGUUGUCUGUUGCGCAGAUCCUGAACUCCCCAGGAGAAUAUCGCCUCUAAGGCUGUCCCCAGCCCCAGCUCUCUUGGGGACACCUCAGAUUUCCAAGUAAGCCCAAGGGGCCGCUCAUCCUGUCUCUCCUGGCUCACUGCCUUCAAGUGCAAGGAAGAGGGCAGCCCGCAUGGCAGGCUGCGGCUGUCAUGUCCCCAGGCAGGCCGACAAUACUCCAAAGCUGGCGCCUCUCUGGAAACUCCAAGACAUCAGACAAAAAUUAACCUGGCACCAUGGCAGCUGCUCGGCCCUCCGUGCACAGAGGCCGCCAGGUUCUGGCGGACCCUCAAGCCCAGGGGCUGGUCUUCCUCCUUCCUGGGGAUCGCCAGGAUGCAGGUGGCUACUUGGCUGCUUUCCAGUUGCCCUGAGCCGCAGCACUGGCCUUUCUGUGGUUUCCAAGGUCCCCGGAAGCACAGUCCCAUUUCUCAGUUACCUCCUCUGGUCGGAAGGUCUCACCACUGUCCUCCAGAGCUGUGCUAGCCCCAGGCUGGCUCCGUGACCACCUGGUGCGCAUGCCAGGCAGCCAGGGUUGGGGGCACGGCUGUCCAGCCGCAGGGCCACAGGGCUCAGGUGAUGCUUCCAUAGGAAGGGGCUGGCACGUUGUGAUUGCCAUGUGUCUCGUGUUAAGCUGCCUGCCCCCAGUGCAAAUCCGUGUUUCACUGUCUGCUGAACGCAAAGGGUAUCCAAUACCUUUCUUGCCCAUGGGGGUUUUUACCAAGGAUGUAUCUUUCUAGGAACUAGGGCACUUCAGCGGCCCAAGACCAACUCCUGGAUAAAGGAACAAGGAGAGUUGUGUUUGUAACGCGUUACAGGAUUGUUUCUGUCCUGCAUUUUAAACUUUUUUUGUUUUGUUAAAUUGUGAAAUUAUGGAGGAGUUUUAUAGAAAAAAAAAGUGAAAUAAAGUGAGAUG